AUGGAAGACUGGCAGUACUACUUCUGCUUCACCAUCUGCUUCCUCCUCGCGCAAGCGACUGUGCCGAAGAAGAUCUCGGUUUACGGAAACCCCAAGAAGUGGCACUACGAAACAGCAGUCAUCCUCUGGACCUUCCUCAUCCUGACCGGGCUCCCCUGGCUUAUUCUCCUCGCAUAUUGUCAGUACUCAUAUUGCUGGGUUGCUCCGCGCUGGAAGCUCGUUGCGCCACCAGAACAGGCCGUCAUGCAAGUCUCCGGUCCCGACACAACUUCGAGACCAUUCCGCGUUCCUUGCAAAAUGUUCGUGGAGGCCGUCACUACCACACGAUGUCCGAUUCUUCGAAUCGGCUCCGGCUCAGCAACAACCAGCACCCUUACAGACGGCACCGCGAGCACAGCGUUACAGGCACAUGUCGAGCAAGAUACGUUCAACGGAAAGGUCUUAUCGACGAAGCAGCACUACCAGACCAUCACCUUCCAGCAGCCAUACAAGGACUGCUCUUUCGAGGAGCUGGGUCUAACAGACUACCUCCAGAGACGCCGCUACGCUGGCAAAGUGUCCAAGUAACUUUGAUGUAACUAUCGAGCACAACACGCGGUCGCAGAACACAUGGGUGAAGGACGCAGCAGAGAGGAACGUCGGAAGGGGGAGGAAAUGCGAGAGACACCAGGUACUUUGUAGGGUACUUUGUAGGGGUUUAUGAAGGAAGGGAGGAUAUGAUCUGCGAUGAUCUGGGCAUGAGAUGUAACAUAUGAAAGCGUCCAUUGCAGAAUUGACCGGUGGUAUUUACACAUAGCUUUUUUUCAGCAUCCUCCUCUACCAUUCCGCGCCGGGCUUCCUGGCCUGUCAUGCCAUUAGCAACGUUUCCAUGAUUCUCACGCAACGACUCACCAGCAUAGCGCCCUUUCCUCCGAGCUCAGCCUCCAGACCAUCGGGGUAUGUCUUGGGGGCACUGAUCUUG